AUGGGUCUACCAGGCUGCCAACAAAUGAAUUUAAUCAGAAGAGUUGACUUUAUAGAGGACGAUACACUCUCAGGCUACGCAGAUGUAUUUACUGGCUUAGGCUGCAUGGAAGAGGAAUAUACUAUAAAGGUCAAUUCCAACAUUAAACCUGUUGUACACGCAGCAAGGAAAGUCCCAGCGGCACUACGUGAGGAAUUAAAAAAUGAAUUGAGAAGAAUGGAAGAUGAGGGUGUCAUUGAAAAAGUAGAUCACCCCACUGCAUGGGUCAACUCACUUGUUAUUGUUGAAAAGAAAGGAGGCGGAUUAAGGAUAUGUCUAGACCCUAGAGACCUCAACAAAGCCAUUCAAAGAGAACACUAUCAAUUACCUACUAUAGAAGAAAUAGCUAGUCGACUAAGUGUCAGUCAAGUGUUCACGGUAUUAGAUGCCAACUCUGCCUUUUGGCAAAUUAAAUUAGACAAGAGCUGUACAGAUCUAACAACUUUUAACACACCUUUUGGUCGCUACAAGUUCCUUCGUCUACCAUUUGGGCUAAACUCUUCUGCAGAAGUAUUUGCAAAACGUUUCCACCAAGCUUUCGACGUUAUACAAGGGGUUGAGACAUACAUGGACGAAAUACUGAUAGCAGGUAGAACAAUAGAGAGCAUGAUGAAAGACUUAGUUUUAGCCUUUUAUGAUGUUUCACAGCCAGUCAAGUUGUCUGUGGAUGCUUCACAGGAGGGACUUGGAGCAGUAUUAAUGCAGAAUGAAAGGCCAGGGGCUUACGCAUCAAGAUCUCUUACAGACUGUGAAAAACGAUAUGCACAAAUAGAAAAAGAAAUGCUUGCCAUUGUCUUCGGAGUUGAACAUUUCCAUUACUAUGUGUAUGGACGUCCAAUAAAGGUUGAAACAGAUCACAAACCUUUGGAAGCGAUUAUCAAAAAGCCUUUGGCAUCUACACCACCUAGGCUUCAGCGGAUGCUUCUUCGACUAAUAAAAUAUGAAAUACUGCUGGAAUACAAGCCAGGCAAAGAAAUGUCUAUUCCAGACACACUGUCAAGAGCAUCGCUACCAAUCAAAUAUCCCUCAAGUGAUGACUGGGAUGCACAAGUUCAUCUGAUCGUCAAUAGUUUACCCAUGUCAGAUGAAUAUAUGAACAUUUUUCAGCAGGCCACUGCAGAUGAUGCUGUUUUAAGGCUGUUAAAGAAUAAUAUUAUGAUAGGCUGGCCAAACAAGAGAGCUGAAAUUCCACAAGAAAUUCGAGCAUAUUCAGGAUUUAAUGAAGAACUUAGUGAAAGCAAUGGUUUACUUUUUAAAGGAGAAAGAAUAAUAGUACCAAAAGUAUUGCAAAAAGAAAUGCUUCAAAGACUGCACCAAGGUCAUCUUGGGCGAGAUAGAUGUCUUGUUACAGCUAAGGAGGUGUUCUUCUGGCCUGGAAUGUCUAAGCAGAUUAUAGACAUGGUAUCAACAUGUGCAGUGUGUAACGAACACCAGAAGUCCCAGCAAAAGGAGCCAUUGUUACCACAUGAUACUCCUGUACUUCCUUGGGAAAAAAUUGGAGUUGAUAAUUUUGAGUAUCUCGGUAAAAACUAUUUGCUACUUGUAGAUUACUAUAGUAAUUUUUUUGAGAUAAAUCUUAUCCCAACACUAAAGGCUUCAGAUGUGAUCAUACAUAGGAAAUCACAAUUGGCUCGACAUGGUAUUCCAAGGGAAGUAAUUAGUGACAAUGGACCCUCAUUUGCUUGUCAAGAAUUUCUGAAAUUUUCUAAAAGCUGGGGAUUUAAGCACAUUACGUCUAGCCCCAGAUUUCCACAAUCUAAUGGUAUGGCAGAACGGGCCAUACAAACAGUGAAACAGCUUCUAAAUAAAGCUAGAACGUCGGGUCAAGACCCGUAUAUGGCCCUCUUGCAAUUUCGAAAUGCUCCAUGCCCUGAUGGACCUUCACCUGCACGGCUGCUCAUGGGCCGCCGUCUGAGGACAAAUCUUCCGACAACGGAGGCCUAUCUCAGACCUCAAAUCCCAGACAAAAAAGAAAAUCUUGAACUAGCAGGAAGCACAGAUGAUGCUCAAGGAAAAAGUGAGGCUGAAUCCGACCUGGAGAUUGCUCCAACAGACAUCUCAAAAGGCAUAGAUGGAUAUAUGCUUUCUGAAGAAAUUGAGACAACCAAGCCAAUACUGCCAGCUCAGCAACAAAAACCAAAGGAACUGUUUCAAUAUCUUGCUAGAAAUGAUAGUACUACCGUAAUUCAAUAA